AUGGGAUACUGUGUGAAAUCAGCUGGUCUUUCACGACAUCUAUAUUUGGCACAACUGGUUGUAAAAAGCCAUAAGAUUUCCGGUACAGAUAAAGAACUUUAUCAAAACGAAUCGGGAUUUUUAUCUUGA